AUGACGAGCCUCUCGACGAAACUCGCCGAGCGCGAAGCAGCUGGCAAGCCGAUCCAAGUUGGGUUGAUUGGUGCUGGCAAAUUUGGAUCGAUGUUUAUAUCUCAAUCGCACCGAACGCCGGGUAUGCGACUCGCUGCUAUUGCAGACUUGUCAGCAGAUCGAGCCAAAGCAGCGCUCAAACGAACUGGGUAUCCUGAGGACCGAUACGAUGCAGCUGGCUCUAUGUCGAUCGAAGAAGGGAUCAAGACUGGAAAGGUCGCUAUCACUCAAGACUCGGCAGCCAUGAUCGCAACACCCGGUAUUGACGUCGUCCUGGAGGUCACUGGCAGCCCGUCAGCGGGCAUCCGACAUGCGUUACUAUGUUGCGAGCACAAGAAGCACAUCGUUAUGAUCAACGUCGAAGCUGAUGUCCUUGCUGGUCCAUUGCUUGCUCGGAAAGCCAGAGAGGCUGGCAUCAUCUAUUCCAUGGCGUACGGAGAUCAACCUGCACUAAUAGCUGAGCUUGUCGACUGGGCCAGGACAGCAGGAUUCGAUGUAGUCUGUGCAGGUAAGGGCACGAAGCACCUUCCCGCAUACCAUUGGUCAACGCCGGACACUGUGUGGGACCAUUACGGUUUCACAAAGGAGCAAUUGGCGACUGGCGACUUCAACCCCCAGAUGUUCAAUUCCUUCCUAGACGGCACGAAGUCAGCGCUAGAGAUGGCUGCUGUUGCCAAUGGUUGCGAUCUCACACCUCCUUCGGGUGAUCUCCUAUUUCCGCCAUGUGGCAAGCACGAUCUGCCUCGCACACUGCGGCCCAAGGAGGACGGUGGUCUGCUGGAGAAGAAGGGCACUGUCGAAGUUGUAUCUUGCUUGGAAGUGGAUGGCCGUCCAACAUUUGACGACCUCCGAUGGGGCGUUUACGUCGUGAUCGAAGCUCCAGGCGAAUACCAACGGGAGUGCUUUGCUCAAUAUGGCCUCCAGACCGACAGCACCGGCAGAUACGCCGCGCAAUACAAGCCAUAUCAUCUGAUUGGCCUGGAGCUAGGGGUUUCAAUAGCCAUCAUCAUGUGUCGCGGCGAACCCACGGGACAAACGAGGACCUGGGCUGGAGAUGUGGUCGCUACUGCUAAGCGAGAUCUGAAAGCUGGCGAGAAGUUGGACGGCGAAGGAGGGUUCAUGGUGUAUGGCAAACUGCUACCAGCCGAGACAUCCAUGGACAUUGAAGCUCUGCCUGUUGGGUUGGCUCAUGGUGUUUCGAUCAAGAACGAUGUCAAGAAAGGCCAAGGUCUGAGCUGGAAGGAUGUCGACUACAGCGAGGACAACCAAGCUGUGGCUGUGCGACGAGAAAUGGAGGCCAUCUUCCGCAAGGAGUUCCAGGAGAAGAAGGGGAAGACGAAUGGAGUUAAUGGUGCCCAAUAG